AUGGGUGCUGCCAGGGCUUCACGUCUAAAAUGGACAGUUCCUCCCGCUGCCCUAGCUGCAUACACUGCGGGGGAAUGGUCUCACCCAGGGCAAUCGAGGGUGCGCUUCACUGCUUCCAGAUCUCGGUCUAGCAACGAGGAGUCCAGGAAUUCCAAGUUGAGCUCCGAUCCCUCUGGGGAACAAGAUGCCAAGGAUUAUGGAUCAAUUUGGCACAACAUCACCCAGAGGCUUGAUGGAGUGAAGCAAACCGUAGGUUCGGGUGAUUGGGUAGACGUGAGUAGCCUCACAACCUACAUCAUUCCGGACUGGACCCGAUUUGUUCCAGCUACUGUUCAGAAGCUCCAGCGAGAGCUGUCCUUGGCACCAGGGUCCCUUGCAGAUGACAUCUGGAAGGAAGCACAUGACCCGGACAUCAAUCCUGAAAUUCUCCGCGAUGCCGAAGUACGCGUGAGUGGUAACCUCUGCCCGGAGGAGCAAGAGUUCAGACGACAGCGAUCACGAAAGGUUGUCAAAGCAUUGUCAACUUAUCUCAAUAUUCCCGAGGACGACAUUCACCCAGAUGAUGUCCCCAUCAUCGCAGUAUGUGGCUCAGGGGGCGGACUACGUGCUCUGGUCGCAGGUACCGGCUCAUAUCUCGCAGCCCAAGAGGCAGGUUUAUGGGACUGUGUUACCUACACAGCCGGUGUCAGUGGUAGUUGCUGGCUGCAGACCCUCUACCAUUCCUCUAUCGCGCAGCGAGAUUUCCAUAAGCUCGUUGACCACCUGAAGAGUCGACUUGGUGUCCACAUUGCGUUCCCACCGGCAGCCCUUGACUUGCUCACCACUGCCCCAACAAACAAAUUCCUUCUCAGUGGGUUUGUGGAGAAGCUGAAAGGCGACCCAGGAGCUGAUUUUGGCCUGGUGGACAUUUACGGAAUGUUACUUGCAGCGAGACUUCUGGUCCCCCGAGGAGAACUUGGAGUAUCGGAUAGGGACUUCAAACUGUCGAACCAGCAAAUAAACCUUUCCAGCGGGUCGCACCCUCUCCCCAUCUACACCGCAGUACGCCAUGAGAUCCCAAUCCUUCACGAAUCGAACGAAAAAGUCACGAAAAAACCCACCCCGGAUCAACUCAUUAAGAAAUCUCAGGAGGAAGCUUGGUUCCAAUGGUUUGAGUUCACCCCCUAUGAGUUCUUCUGUGAGGAGCUCAAUGCCGGCAUCCCGACCUGGGCACUCGGACGACACUUCGAUGCAGGCCGCUCGGAGGUCACAGCUGACAACCUCCCCAUUCCGGAGGUUAGGAUCCCCAAUCUGAUGGGAGUUUGGGGAAGUGCUUUCUGUGCUACUCUGUCACAUUACUACAAAGAGAUCCGGCCCUUGGUGAGAGGCCUGGCCGGGUUUGGUGGGAUUGAUUCGCUCAUCCAAGGCAAAAAUAAAGACCUGAUCAAGGUUCAUCCCAUUGAUCCCGCAGGAAUUCCCAACUAUGUCAAGGGCAUGAAAGAGAAACUCCCAGACUCCUGUCCAGAAUCAAUCUUCCACGAUGAUCAUUUACGUCUCAUGGAUGCGGGAAUGAGCAACAACCUCCCCAUCUACCCGCUCAUUCGCCCGGGUCGCGACGUCGACGUCAUAGUCGCAUUCGACGCCUCUGCCGACGUGAAGCAGGAGAAUUGGCUCUCCGUCGUUGAUGGAUACGCCCGUCAACGCGGUAUCAAGGGCUGGCCCGUUGGCGCUGGGUGGCCCAAGGCCGAAAGCAUCGAAAACGCCGAAAACGCCCUACGGGAGUCACAAAAUAUCACCGACAAGCAGUUAAGCGAAAAACUUGCCCACGCUCAACAAGAAGGCGCCAGGGAUAACAAGCAAGCCACUGGCCAAAAGCCACAAGGCGGCACCGACCUAGGCUACUGUAAUGUCUGGGUCGGUAGCACAGAAGAACGCACUUCAGACGAGGAGCCGCCACCAUCGAAGCGCCUCUUCGACCCUCGGAGCGAAGACCACUCUGAUGCCGACUUCCACCUCAUGCGUCCCGACGCCGGUAUCGCUGUGGUCUACUUCCCUCUCAUCCCCAACCCCUCUGCACCUGACGUUCCUCCCAAGCCUCAGAUGCGCCCUCGCGCAGCUGUCCAGUCCAUGAGACAGGAAGCUUCUCAAACCAAGGACCCGGAACAACCUCUUGCGCCACGACCCAACUCAAUCGACCCUGAUGUGGAUGAUUUCCUUUCAACCUGGAACUUUAUCUACACGCCUGAGCAAAUUGAUUCGGUCGUUGGCCUUGCCAAAGCGAAUUUCUCGCAGGGCGAAGAGCAAACUCGUCGCGUUAUUCGUGCGGUCUAUGAGCGCAAGAAGUCAGAUCGGUUGCAGAAGGAGGCGCAAGAGCAUCGCAAGAAGUUGGAAGGUUUUGUUCCACUAUGA